AUGGUGAAUUACUGCAACUGUAACACUCUGGUCCCAUCCAUCAAGGCCCCCAAACCCAAUAUGAUUGGAAUAACUGACUCCAUCCAGGCAGCAACUGGUGAAUAUUUCACUAUUGUAGAUUUGGCAGAUGUGCUCUGUUUAGGGCCUGUUUCGAGGGUGGUGGUGUUCAGUGAUGUGACUGUGGAUUUCUCCCAGGAGGAGUGGGACUGCCUGGACUCUGUGCAGAGAGUUUUAUACAGAGACGUGAUGUUGGAGAACUACAGCAACCUAGUCUCAGUGGGACUUUCCAUUUCUAAGCCAGCUGUGAUCUCCUUACUGGAGCAAGGGCAGGAGCCCUGGACAGAUGACAGAGCACCAGCUAGAGGCCAGUGCUCAAAUCAAGCAUCAAAGUCUGUGACCAGGAAACCAUCUUUAAGGAAAAAAAUUAGUAAUGUAAAAACAUUCCAAUUGGAGUUAAUGGAAAGAAUUAGAAAGCCAAGUUCAAGUGUCAGAGAUGUUUGGGAGUAUAAAGAUCAGUUUGAGAGACAAAAGUUGCAUCAGGAGGCACAUUUAAGCCAAGUAAUAAUCACUCAUGAAGAUGUACCUGCUUUCAAACAGCAUGUAUCUCUUACUCUACAUAAAAAAAUUGAAAAUGAAGAGAAACCAUAUGAAUGUAAGGAAUGUGGGAAGACUUUUAGUCGUGGCUCACAACUUACUCAACACCAGAGAACUCAUACUGGUGAGAAACCCUUUGAAUGUAGGGAUUGUGGGAAGGCCUUUAGUUGUGGUUCAGCACUUACUAAACAUCAAAAAAUUCACACUGGUGAGAAACCUCAUGAAUGUAAGGAAUGUGGGAAAUCUUUUAGUUGUGGCUCAGACCUUUUACGACAUAGAAGAAUUCAUACUGGUGAGAAACCCUAUGAAUGUAGACAAUGUGGGAAGGCUUUUAGUUGGAUCUCAUACUUUUCUCAACAUCAAAGAAUUCAUACCGGUGAGAAACCAUACGAAUGUAAGGAAUGUGGAAAGGCUUUUAGAACUAGCUCAUACCUUUCCCAACAUCAGAAAAUUCACACUGGUAAGAAACCAUAUGAAUGUAAGGAAUGUGGAAAGACAUUUUGUUGGAGCUCCUAUCUUACCAAACAUCAGAGAAGUCAUACUGGUGAGAAACCCUAUGAAUGUGUGGAAUGUGGGAAGGCCUUUAAUAAGAAAUCAAAACUUGUUCAGCAUCAGAGAAUUCAUACUGGUGAGAAACCUUAUGAAUGUAAAGAAUGUGGAAAGGCCUUUACUAGGAGUUCAAGCGUUAUUCAACAUGAGAGAAUUCAUACUGGUGAGAAACCCUAUGAAUGUAAGGAUUGUGGAAAGACCUUUAGUUGUAGCUCAUACCUUUCUCAACAUCAGAGAUUUCACACUGGUAAAAAGCCCUAUGAAUGUAAAGAAUGUGGGAAGGCAUUUAGCUAUCGCUCAAACUUCACUGUACAUAAGAAAAUGCAUACAGGUGAGAAACCCUAUGAAUGCAAGAACUGUGGCAAGGCCUUCACUAGGAGCUCAAGCUUUAUUCAACAUCAGAGAAUUCAUAAUGGGGAUAAACCCUGUGAAUGUGCAGAAUGUGGAAAAAGCUUUUCUCGUAAGUCAGAUCUCCAAAAGCAUCAGACAGUUCAUACUGGAGAGAAACCCUAUGAAUGUACCAAAUGUGGGAAAGCCUUCUCCCCAGAAGCACCCCUCAUUAGGCAUCAGAUAAUUCAUACUAGGGAGAAACCCCAUGAAUGUAAUGAGUGUGGGAAAGCUUUCAGCUUGAAGCCAGAACUCAUCAGACAUCAGAGAAUUCAUUCUGAGAAACCCUAUGAAUGUACUGCAUGUUGGAAAGCCUUCCCCCAGAAAGGACACCUCAUUAAGCAUCAGGUAAUUCAUACUGGUGAAAAACCUCAUGAAUGUAAAGAGUGUGGAAGAGCCUUCAGAAGUAAAAUAGAACUUCUUAGACAUCAGAUUCAUACUGGGGAGAAACUCUAUGAAUGUGCAGAAUGCAGAAAAGUCUUUUCUCAUAGAGCAGGUCUCAAGACACAUCAGAAAAUUCAUACUGGGGAAAAACCCUAUGAAUUUGCUGAAUGUGGAAAGAGCUUCUCAUGUAAGUCAGUUCUCAGGGAACAUCAGAAAAUUCGCACUGGAGAGAAGCCCUGUGAAUGUACUGAAUGUUGGAAAGCCUUCAGGAGGAAAUCAAAACUCAUCAGACAUCAGAGGAUUCAUUCUGGAGAGAAACCCUAUGAAUGUACUGCAUGUUGGAAAGCCUUCUCUCAGAAAUCACAUCUCAUUAAGCAUUAG